GUGGAGUCGUCUCUCGAUCAGCUAGGUGCAGAUGGGGACGUGAAGGCUGCGGGCUAUCGCUUAUCUAUCCUGCAGUUCGAGUUCAUCGUCACCCUUGUUGCAGUGGAACACGUACUUGCGGCAUUGAUGCCGCUUUCUAAACGACUGCAAAACAAGGCAUGUGAUCUCAUCAAGGCUUCCAGUGAAGCUCGAGUAGUGAAGACCAUGUUGCAAACUGAACGAGACGACGAUACCACCUGGGACACCCUGUAUGCAAAGGCUAUGCAACUGGCAUCUGACGUAGGCGUUCAACCUUCCGUACCCAGAAUGCAGGGUCUCCAAAGAAAUCGACCUAAUGCACCUGCAGCUGAUCCCUCCAUCUUCUGGACACGCAACAUGUUCUUUCCGUUUGUUGAUCACCUCAUUAAAGAAUUGGAUGACCGCUUGCUUAAGACAAACGGUAGAUUUAAGGCGCAAUGGCUCAUUCCCGCACAGGCAUGUUGCAGUAUUUUAAUAGAAUUUUUAAAACUGGUGCAACGUAACGGCUUAUCACAGGAACAAUGCAAAGAAGUGUUCCAAUGCUACAGUGCCAACCUGCCGAUAGAUGCCACCGAGGACCUCUUUCUCAGGGAAUGUGAUCGUUGGCGCAUUUGUGGACAUCGGAUGCACUGA